GGACUUCGUUGGCGGUGUUUCAGUCUUCGUCUCAUAACUCUUUUCCUUUCUUGGUUUUUUUUUUUAACUACAGCAAAACAUGUCCUGCAUCGUAAUUGGCAUCUCCGGCGCGUCCGGCUCCGGCAAGACGCGGCUCAGUCGCACCAUCGUGACGGACCUCAUGGACACCUGCCCGCCCGACAGCAUCGGCGUGGUGUGCGAGGACUUCUACUACAAGGACCAGUCCGACAUCCCCGAGAGCGAGCGCAUUCGCGUCAACUACGACCACCCCAACUCGCUCGAGCACCAACUGCUGGCGGAGCAGCUUCGCCAGCUGAAGGCCGGCAAGGCGGUGGACCUGCCGCAGUACGACUACGUCCACCACACCCGUGCGGCCCACACCGUGCACAUGACGCCGAAGCGCGUGAUUAUCGUGGAGGGAAUUCUCCUCUUCACCGUUGAGGAGCUGCGGAAGGAGAUGGACUGCCUGAUCUUUGUCGAUGCACCGCUGGAUAUUUGUCUUAUUCGGCGCGCGAAGCGGGACAUGAUGGAGCGGGGUCGCACCUUCGACUCCGUGAUUGAGCAGUACGAGAAGACGGUGCGGCCCAUGUACUUCGCCUACAUUGAGCCGUCGAAGCGGUGGGCCGACAUCAUCGUGCCGAGCUGGAAGGACAACCAGGUCGCGGUGGAGGUGCUGAAGGCGAAGUUAAAUCACGACCUGUCGCUCAUGAGAGGCCCCGUUGUGGCGACCACCACUGAGUUGGAAUGA